UUGAUUGAUUGUUGCGUUGAAAACGGAAAAAAAACCAAACGCUGUGAAAAAUUACAAAUACAAACAGUUUAGCGCGUGCUUUGUGUAGUGGUUGUUGAAUUGAACAAUUCAUUUUCCUUUUACUCACUGCCCGUUAUAAUCUUGUUGUUUUCCUCGUCAAGUCCAGUCACUACUAAUUGGCGUGAGAGUUUUGUCGUGUUAAACGUGCGUUGUAAUUAAGUUUACCCAUGGCUACUUUGGACGAUAAAAUAUUGGGUGAGAAGCUGCACAAUUACUGCAGUAGCAGCGAAGAUGAAGGUUCCGAUGAAGAGGACAGCAGGAGCGGUGAUGAGGAAGGUAAUCCUCCUAAGGCCGAAGCGCCCGAGCCGCCGCCCAUCAACAGUUGGUCGGGGUCCGCGAGCAACACGGGCCCUAAAGGUGUCCUGGAGGAUUGGAGGCGUUUCAAACAACUAGAAGCUGAAAAUCGGAAAGAACUUGAAAAGGAACGUAUCGCUUUGGCCAAGAAACUGACUUUAACUGUGAAGCCCGAACGUGAAGAGAAAAAGGAUAAAGAACUUGAAGUUCUCGAGGAUGAGCUGAAUGAAUUAUUGGACGAAGAUUUUCUGCUAAAGUAUCAAAAGCAACGGAUGCAGGAACUCAUGGCUCAAAUGAAGAAAACACCGAAAUUCGGCAAGGUCGUAACUCUGAAGACUCAAGAUGAAUUUCUGAACUCUAUUGACAAGGAGGACCCUAAAGUGGCGGUUAUCAUUCACAUCUACAACAACAGUUCAAUUGCUUGCGGAACUAUGGACGGGUGCCUUAACAUUUUGGCUGCAGAUUACCCGGAGAUCAAGUUCUGUCGAAUUGCUGUGGACAUCACAGGGCUGAGUCGGCAUUUCCGCAUCGAUGGAGUCCCGGCACUGCUUGUAUACAAAGGCGGCCAAAUUAUUGGUAAUUUUGUGCAACUUGUCACAGAGUUAGGUAAUGAUUUCUUUGCUACCGAUGUGGAGCGUUUUCUUAUAGAAUAUGGAAUGCUUCCAGAGAAAUAAAUAAAUUAUAAAGUAUAGCUUUAAUUUACAGUGUGGUGUCUUAGAUUUAUUGGAGUGAAACCUCCUUGCUAUGUAUUUAUGACGAUAGAAACUCUUCAUUUCACUCCCAGUGGACCAGAUGUUAAUUUAUUCAUUUUUUGUCACUUGAUGCUUGAUA